AUGGUGGCCUCUUUGGCUGGUUCUCUGGCUCUUGUGACGUGUAGGGAGCCGCUUAGAGUCUCUCUUACGCAGCAUCUGCGGCAGCUCCUGCAGCCCGCGAAUGCCAAAGACGAUGCUGACCAGGUGCUCAUAGAACAGGUGGUACAGGUGGUGGGGUCGGACAAUCUGGAUCUCGGCUGUGCAUUGAUAGAACAGGCCGUGGUGGAGAAAGUUCUCAGAGAUGUGGAAUUACUGCAAGUGUACAAGGAUUUCAUGGCGCUAGGGACCCUCCGCAAGAUGCAGCAGUCUGCUGCUGCCGCCGCUGCAGCACAGCAGCAGCAGCAGCAUCAACAGCAGCAGCAGCACCAUCAGCAGCAGCAGCCACCGCACCAGCAGGGAGCACUCACUGCUGCUGCCUCGCAAGGGGUAUCCGCCGCAGGAAGCCUUAUGCGGCAGCAACAGCAGCAGCAGCAGCCCUCCUUCGCUGCCUCUGCUGCUGCCGCCAGGGCUUUGCAGCAGCAGCAGCAGCAGCAGCAGCUGGACCUCUCAAAGCUUCGAGGCAUCACCGCUGCACACGAUGCAGAACUGCAACAGCAACAGCAAAAGCUGCUGCUGACAAGGGGCCUGGCGACAACUUCACCAGCCGCAGCAGCCGCUGCUGCUGCAGCAGCGGCGGCUGCAGCGGUGUUUAUGUUGAUGGGUGUUCAUGUUUAG